AUGGUAAAAAAGAUAUAGGCUGAACGACUUCUUAAAGAUUCUGAAAAAUUCAAAGACAUGCCUUUAACCUUCCAAAAAAUCCAAGACUCAGGCCUAAUGAGCUCUCUCUAUGAUAUAAUUUCUGCAGCUCAUGACCAGCUAAAAGAAAACCAGGACUCUCAAGAUUUAUUUAAAGUAAUUGCAAGUAUGCUAGUAGACGAAGUUUGGAUUUCUAAAGAAAAAGCUAGGAUUGCGUCAAGGCAGUCCACGCCUAGAGAAGAAAUGGCGGCAGUGCAGCAUUUUCCAAAUGAAGAAACCCAGCAAAUGUCUAUGCCAUUACAUAGUGUAACUUCUGCAAGGAGUCAUCAAAGCAUGAAAAGUUCAAUCUCACAACAAAGUUUGAGGACUUUGGGAAAGGAAGAAUUAAAUGUAAGAAAAAAUUAGUCAGAGUUCUCUUAUGGGAGAGGGUAUUCUUUUGGAACUGACCCGAAAUCUAAGCCAAUUACCACAGCGAUACCCGGACCUGGGACUUAUAACCCGAAGCCAAGUAAUAGGGCAAGCUCUCCUAGGGUUUCUAUGGGGAAAUCAGCCAGGCCUGAGCAUUUUGUAAAGGAAACUUCGCCAGGAAAUCUAUAUACGCCAAAAUAUCACUAUUUAUCAAGAUAA